AUGAAGGCCACAUUCCAGAUGAGUGAUCUGGGUUUGCUGCACUACUACCUCGGCAUGGAGGUGACGCAGUCGGCGGAUGGGAUCACCCUGGGCCAGAGCGCGUACGCGGCGAAGAUCCUGAAGAACGCCGGGCUGGUUGGGUGCAAUCCCAGCUACAUCCCGAUGGAGCCGUGCCUCAAGCUGAGCAAGGCGAGUACAGCUCCCGCCGUCGACGUAACCACGUAUAGGAGCAUCGUCGGCUCGCUGCGGUACCUGAUGAACACAAGGCCAGACCUGGCCUACUCGGUGGGCUACGUGAGCCGCUUCAUGGAGAAGCCAACCACCGAGCACCUGGUGGCUGUCAAGAGGGUGCUGAGGUACAUCUCGGGCACCCUGGACUUCGGCUACCACUACACGAGGAAGAAGAAGGAUGCGCAGCUCAUCGGCUACAGCGACAGCGACCUCGCUGGUGACAUUGACACGCGCAAGAGUACUACGGGUGUGGUCUUCUUCCUCGGCAACAAUGUCAUCACCUGGCAGUCACAAAAGCAGAAGGUUGUUGCUCUGUCUUCGUGCGAAGCAGAGUACAUCGCCGGGACUACGGCUGCCUGCCAGGGCGUGUGGCUAGCGCGCCUCCUUGCGGAGCUCAAGGGCGAGAAGGCAGGCGCGUUCCAACUCAACAUCGACAACGAGUCCGCCAUACAACUCAGUAAGAAUCCUGUCUUCCACGAUCGCAGCAAGCAUAUAGAUACAAGAUUUCAUUACAUUCGAGAAUGCAUCGAAGAAGGAAGGAUGAGUGUUGCCUCCAUUGGCACCAUUGAGCAGCUGGCGGACAUCAUGACGAAGGCUUUGGCGCGACGCUUCUGUGAACUGCGCGCCAAGCUUGGCCUCGUCAAUCUCAAGCAGAUACGCAAGGCUUAG